AUGACAUCAAAUAUAGCUGAAUCGAUAAAUGCUGCAUUGAAAGCUGCAAGAACGCUGCCAAUCACUACAAUGAUGGAAGGCCUUCAAAGUUUAUUUCAAAAAUGGGUAUGGAAAAAUGGUAACGAAGCAAACGGAACAUUCACACAAGUAACAACAGAUACUGAAACUGUGCUUAGAGAAAACUUUAUUCGAGCCAUUAAAUUUCAGGUCUUCCCAGUAAACACUAUACUGUACCAAGUUGUGGUUGAAGACAAAGGAAAUUUUUUGGUCAACCUAAUGGAAAAAACAUGUGAAUGCAAAAUGUUCCAACAAGAUGAAAUACCGUGUGCACAUGCAAUAGCAAUAUUCGCCAAAACACGACUGAAAACAUAUGAUUAUGUUGCUGAUUACUACAAAACUACAACUAUGAAAGCAACAUAUGAGUCAACUGUUCAUCCAUUGCCAAAUGAAAACGAAUAG